AUGCAUCCUUCAAGUGAUGACUGCAACGAAACACCGGUGUCUCAGGAGAGAAAGCGAAGGAGACUAAGUAUGGCUAGCACAUAUUUAUCCACAACUGGUGAGAACAAGGAAAAUAUCAACCCAACAAACACAACUGCUAAAUCAAUAACAGGUGUUUCUUUCAACGCUCCACCCCUUCACACUAUUAAGGCAAAAACCUCAAUAAAUCCACUCCAUACUGGACUGUCUGAACCACGUGACAACCUAAGAAAAACGUUGAAGAGAGCAAGAGGUAAUCUUCAAGAAAUUGUGAAUGUCAACAAUAUGUUCAGUCAGCCGCAAGCUACAAUGGCAUCAAUAACAUGUAUACCUGGCGGAAUGGUCUCCACAGCUGGUGAGAACAAGGAAAAUAUCAACCCAACAGACAUGAAUGCUCAAUCAAUAACACAUGUUUCUUUCAAUACUCCACCACUUCAACGGAAUCCAUCAAGAACUUCAACCAAUCCACUUCAUACUACGUCGUCUGAACGACGUAACAACCUAAGAAACACUUUGAAGAGAGCAAGAGGUAAUCUUCAAGAUGGAGUCAAUGGAAACAACAUGAUUAAUCCUCCGCAACCUUCUCCAAAUGAUUGUCCUAAUGCUCAAUUUAAUACUCCUGUUUCAUUCAAUUAUGCACCCCAUCAAUGUCCUCCGUCAAGUUCAAGAACAAAUCCACUGCAUACCCGCUCCUCUGAACGUCAUCACAACAUAAGAAAUCCUUUUAAAAGAGCAAGAACUGGAUUUCAACAUGGAGCAAACCUUAUCAACAUGUUCAACUCUGCACAACCUUCUCAACACGAGAAUCCAAAUAUAGAGCGUUCACAUAACCAUGUUGCACCAACUUCAACCCCUGCAAUGAUGCCAUCAAUAUACCCUCCCAACUCAUUCCACCAUGGAGAUUCUACAGAUGACAAUUCAAACAAUUCUGAUUCCGACAACUCUGUUGAAAACGACUCUGACUUGGAUGAUUGUGAAAUACCUGUUGCUUUAGGAAAUCCGAAUAACCAGGAAUUUCUGGAUAUCGGUGAUCCGGUAUGGGAAUGCCAACACUGUGGUGCGUUGAUGUGGUAUCAAGAACGUAAAGAUAAGUCCAGACAUACAACUGUGCCAAAGUUUCCACUGUGUUGCAAAGGAGGGAAAAUUGUCCUUGAUAUGUUACAAACGCCGCCACCUGUAUUAAAUAAGCUUUUGUUUCAUCACAAUCAUCCAGACGCCAAGAACUUUCAACAAAGCAUACGAACAUACAACGCCAUGUUUUCGUUUACAUCACCGGGGAUGAAAUUUGACACUACACAUUCCACCGGGGCAGGUCCUCCUACAUUACGAUUACAUGGUCAGACGUGCCACCGAAUCGGUAGUUUGUUACCUGCAGAAGGAUCAACUCCCAAGUAUGCUCAACUAUAUAUCUUUGACACUGACAAUGAGGUCGAUAACAGAAUGAAGUGUUUCAAGGACAAUACAAAUAUAGAUAAGAAUAUAGUUACACAGUUGAAGUUGAUGUUGGAUGAGUACAACCCUCAUGCUAAAGCUUUCAGGAUGGCAAGGGAUAUGAUGAAACAAACUGGUUACCAAGAAGUGAAGCUAAAGCUUAUUGCUGACAGAUCUGAGGAAGGUCGUGUUUAUAACCACCCUACCGUGUCUGAAGUUGCUGCUCUAAUCGUUGGGGAUAUUGAUUCUGGAUCUAAGAGAGACAUCAUAGUUCAACAUCGUGAUGGAAAAUUACAGAGAAUUGAUGAGUUCCACAAAAGUUACCUUGCGUACCAAUACCCUUUGAUCUUCCCUUAUGGGGAAGAUGGUUAUAGACCAAACAUACUGCACAAAUAUAAACAUGAACAACUUAUAACCAGGAAAAAUCGUCAAACAGUAAAACAAUGGUUAUGUUUUCGAUUACAAGAACGGACUGAAGAGGCUAAAACCUUACUGCAUUCCAGAAGACUCCUGCAACAGUUUUUAGUUGAUGGCUUCACAAUGAUGGAGACUGAACGUCUAAACUGGUUGAGGAAAAACCAAUCCAAACUUCGAGUCGGUAAAUACCAGAAGCUUAAUGAUCAAUCCCAGCAACAACAUCCUAAUCAAAGGCACAAACGUGGUAGACGUAUUGUCUUGCCUUCGUCAUUUGUCGGAUCUAAGCGAUUCAUGGAUCAGCUCUAUUUUGAUGGAAUGGCUAUUUCAAGUGCACUCGGCUUUCCAGAUUUAUUCAUCACUUUUACGUGCAACCCAAAUUGGCCGGAAAUAACUAGAUUACUUAGCAAAAGCAAUUUGAAGCCGCAUGAUCGACCCGAUAUUGUUUCUAAAGUGUUCAAGAUAAAGUUUGAUGAAAUGAUGGCUGAUUUAACAAAACGACAUGUUCUUGGCAGAGUGUUAGCAUUCAUAUACACUAUUGAAUUCCAAAAAAGAGGGCUUCCACAUGCUCACAUUCUUCUAUUCCUGCAUCCACAAAGUAAGUACCCGACACCGUCCGACAUUGACAACAUCAUAUCUGCUGAAAUUCCUGACCCUCAGCUUCAUCCAAGACUGUAUAACCUGGUAAAAGCACACAUGAUGCAUGGUCCUUGCGGUCUUGCACGACCUAUUUCUACUUGCAUGAAAAACAGAAAAUGCUCUAAGUUUUUCCCCAAGAAAUACAAUGAAGAAACCAUUGUAGAUCACGACGGUUAUCCAGUUUACAAGAGGAGUUCAAAGUCACACAGCAUUGUAAAAAAUGGUAUAACUUUGGACAAUAGGUUUGUGGUUCCAUAUAAUACACGGUUACUUCUAAAGUAUCAAGCUCACAUCAAUAUGGAAUGGUGUAACCAAAGCACUUCAAUUAAAUACCUGUUCAAGUAUAUCAACAAAGGAUAUGAUCGGAUAACGGCAUCCGUCGUUCCUUCCAAAAGCUCAUCGUCUGUUGAUCCUGAUACGGUUGAUGAAAUCAAGGAAUACCUUGAUUGUAGGUACGUCUCACCCAGCGAGGCAUGCUGGAGGAUCUUUUCCUACAAAAUACAUGGAAGAAAGCCAGCUGUGGAACGCAUGUUUUACCAUCUAAUUGGUGAGAAAGCUGUUUACUAUACCGAUCAUGAAAGAAUGGAGAACGUACUAGAGAAAGCAAGUGUAACAGAAUCAAUGUUCAGUUCAUGGUUGAUUGCUAACGGACAGUAUGAAGAAGCUUCUCAAUUAACUUAUGGACAAUUUGUUUCAAAAUUUGUCUACGAUAAGAAGAAGAGAACAUGGAAGCCCCGCAGAAAAGGAUUUACCAUUGGCCGCCUAAUUUGGGUUCCACCCACUACAGGAGAAUUAUAUUAUCUUAGGAUGAUGCUCACUAUUGUCAAAGGACCGAAAACUUACGAAGAUAUCCGAAAGGUUGGUGAUACACAAUAUCAUUCAUUUCGUGAUGCAUGCUUUGCAAUGGGUUUCCUUACGGAUGAUAGGGAAUAUAUCAGUGCAAUUAUAGAAGCAAGUGUUUGGGGUUCUGGACAUUUUCUUCGGAAAUUAUUCGUCAUUAUGCUGUUGUCGGGUGCGGUAAGUAGACCUGCGCACUUAUGGAAUGAAACAUGGAAAUGCCUUUCUGACGGAGUUUUACACCAUCAGCGCAUUUUAGCCAAUAAUCCAGAGCUGGAACUGAGUGAAGAUGAUGUUAAGAAUCUAACUCUAACAGAAAUUGAAAUCUUACUCCAAGCUAAUAGGAGAACACUUGGUGACUUCAAGCCGAUUCCAUAUCCAGACGGUUAUGUUCUUGAACAACUAGGAAACAAACUUAUAUAUGAAGAAAGAAGCUACAAUGUUGCGGUUAUGAAGUCUGAAUUCCAAUCACUUUACAAUGAACAACGUGGGAUCUAUGAUGAAAUCAUGAUGGCGGUAGAGAAUCAAAAGGGAGGAGUUUUUUUCUUGCAUGGCUAUGGGGGUACGGGCAAAACUUACAUGUGGAAAACACUUGCAACGUCUUUGAGGUCAAAACAUGAAAUUGUAUUAACUGUUGCUUCAAGCGGAAUAACGUCUUUAUUGUUACCCGGAGGUAGAACAGCACAUUCUAAGUUCAAACUUCCUGUACCAACUUUAGAAAAUUCUACUUGCAACAUUGACUAUGAUGAUGACUACGGCGAACUACUACAGCAAAGUAAGUUGAUAAUUUGGGACGAGGCCCCGAUGGCAAGUAAAUUUUGUUUUGAAGCCCUGGAUAAAACUUUGAGGGAUGUAAUGAGUACGUACGGUAACUCUGAGAAGGUGUUUGGUGGUAAGGUUGUCGUCUUUGGCGGAGAUUUCAGACAAAUAUUACCUGUUAUCCCUAGAGGCAGUCGAUCGGAUAUUGUUCACUCUACAAUCAAUGUAUCUUACAUUUGGGAAACAGUUAAGGUAUUAACUUUAACUAAAAAUAUGCGAUUGCAAGGAGGUCAAUCUGAUCAAGAGAAGAAAGAUAUUGCAGAUUUUUCCAACUGGCUUCUAAAACUAGGUGAGGGCAGGAUAGCCGAACCAAAUGAUGGUUAUGCCGACAUUGAAAUUCCGAAGGAGAUUUUAAUUGAAGAUUUUCAAGACCCUAUUGUUGCUAUUGUGGAAAGUACUUAUCCUUCUUUCUUGGAUAAUUACCAAUCAUACGAUUACCUCAAAAGUAGGGCUAUUUUAGCAUCAACCAUUGAUGUUGUUGAUCAAAUAAAUAAUCACAUACUUAACUUGAUGCCAGGAGAAUCAAAGGAAUAUUAUAGUUCUAACACAGUCGACCGGUCAGAAAUUCAUGACAGUAGCGUCCUUCAAGUCCUAACUCCUGAAUUUCUCAGCUCAUUGCGAACUUCUGGAUUGCCAAACCAUCAAAUAACAUUAAAAGUUGGAUGCCCAAUUAUGCUUAUGCGAAACAUUGAUCAAUCCGAGGGUUUGUGCAACGGUACUAGGUUAAUUGUUACCAAAAUGGCAAAUCACGUAAUUGAAGCUCAAAUAAUGGGGGGAAAAGGACAUGGCAAACUUACGUACAUUCCAAGGAUGGAUAUGUCACCAUCCCAAUCACCUUGGCCUUUCAAGUUGAGUAGGAGACAAUUCCCAAUCAUUGUAUCUUACGCAAUGACAAUUAACAAAUCACAAGGACAAUCGUUGGACUCGGUUGGAUUAUAUAUUCCUAAAGAUGUCUUUAGUCAUGGCCAAUUAUACGUGGCCAUAUCAAGAGUGACAAGUAAAAAAGGAAUAAAGAUUUUGAUUCACGACGAAAACAACAAGCCAAAGUCGUCUACCGCAAACGUCGUUUACAAAGAGGUCUUCGCCAAUAUAUAA